CAGUGCACUCCCGUAAAGGUCACAGUUAAGGUUAAAGUUGAUGUCGGAUGGGCGUUGCAGCGGCAUCGUCGGCGGCGGCUCUGGGCGGGCGGUGCAGGGACACCUGAGGGCGGGAGAGGGCGAGGGGCGCACGCUGCAGAUUCACUUUCGUCCGGCUGCGACCGCCCGCCACGCCAGUGAGAGAAAGUUGGCCGCGGCGAGCGAACGAGUCUCGCGAGUCGAGCGGCGCGUCGCGCACGCACGAAACCGCGCUCGAACUACGGCGCCCGACCGCACUAUACUUGCCCUUAAACUUCGCACUCGAUCCACGUAAACAAUGCGCUGAAAUGUCUAAAGCAUAAGAAGAUUUCCGUUUUGCAUGUGAAUUUAUUAACGAUAAGUGUAAUAUUUGUAUAGUUUUAUAGUAGCCGGUAUUUAAAGUUUUCCGAGACUAUAAUAGACGAUAGACGUAGUGACUGAGUAGUAUUUGAGGAACGAUGCAGUGCUAUCCGAAGCUGUCACCGAAGCGGGAGCCGAUGGAGCUGAGCUACGAGGCGGAGAUGCUGCCCGGCGUGCGGAGGCUGGAGCUGCCGGCGCCUCCGGGCAAGGAGUUCCGCGCGCCCGUGCUGCUGGCGGCGCCCAGCAUGCCGCCGACGCACUCCGUCAUCCAGUGCAUGCGGCCGCCGCCGCCGCCGCCGCCACCGCCGCCGCCGCGUCUCCACAAGCCGCCAUCCUUCGAGGAACCAUCCAGCUCCAUUCCAGACUUAGGUAAGUUUUCUAAAAUAGUCCCUGGUUGUUCAAUUUUCAAUAAUUUUAAACUAAGUGCUACGAGCCUAUGAAAUUUAGAAAUUAUUUAAUUAAUUUUCUGCAUAUGUACUAAUAAUGUAAGAGCACUUUAUCACAUUUUAGUAACAGACCAAGUAUCGUGUCAAUUCACGUGACAUAAUCUUUGUUUUUGCGUCUGUUUUGCGACGCUUUUUGUAUAAAACAUUGCAAUAACAUUUAAUUUAAAAAGGUAACGGUAUAAUUUGUGUGGGUCGAUGUUAAUGCUCAAAUUUUAAAUUAAAGUCUAUUUUACGUCAACAAUAUAAAUGUUGUUUGUUUCCGAAAUAAUGUAUUAUAUUUAUACAGUAUCGACCUUGAACUAUUGUACGGACGAAACGAACUGUAAGCGGAAGAAGCUCGUAAAAUGUUUCAAGUAUUCUAGAGCGUUAGGUACAUGAAAUAUUUAUUUAAGGGAUAUUUCAAAAUUUAGGAGCAUGCUUUCAGGAGUUUUAGGAAAACAUGACACUGUAGACAACCAUCACUGCAAUAAUAUGUAAAAGAUUAACGUAAAAACUAUAGGAUUCUGAACCACGACAAAGACUCGGGAUUAGCUUUGGAAGCAAAUUAUGAUAUUCAACCUUACUACCUUGUAAUAAGCUCUAUUCUAAUGUCAUAAGACCGACGGUAUGUAGAGAACUGUACAAUGUAAAUCGCAAUUACCGCAACUUCUACACAUUUACUGUGACCCUGAAAAAUCUUCACGCAGUCUUCCUAAUACGUAAAAUUGUUCUAGAACAAUUUCAGUUUCAAUCUCAUGGCUUAAAAUAGGUACUCUAUCAACAAUACCUGAAUAGCUUUUCUCUUUUCUAUCAAUACUUUGGCAAAAUGUACUCUUGAUAAAAGAUACGGGUUCUCUACAUAUUAUUUUAUUUCAUUCAUAUUUCACCUCUUGCCUCUUGCAGUAUAUCACUCCGGCCAUUAUUAUGUACUCAUGAGUAUGUAAAAAGAUUAUAAAAAGAGUUUUAUAUAAAAUCCUGGUAUUGCUUCAAAUAUCUUUAUAUUCGAUUGACAAAAAAUAACAAAUUACAGAGAUUACAACAUAAUCAUUUGUUUGCAUACGACCUUUGCUGUCUAUGAAGCUCUAAAGAUAAUGCGUCGGGAAGGUCACUUCCUGCAAAAUACAUUUGUCAAGGAUGUGCAUUUUGAUUAUAAUCAUAAUUACUGUUAUCCCUGUUAUCUUCGACGUCUUGAAACUACGAUAUCAUUAAAAAUGAAUAUUAUAAUUUUGAGGGUCAGGAAAUGUUAAUAGGUAUUCGAAUUUUAAAAUAUCUGAAACAAGCCCGUUAUUCUAAAUAAUCUCGUAUAAACCGUACCACAAUUUCGAUGCUCGAUUUUCAGUUGAAUGGUAGUAAUUUUCUUGUAAAUUUAUUAACAGCUUAUUUUGUUGAUUAGUUUGGCGAAACCUUAACAUAUUUAACGACAAUUAAAAACGAAAAAGAGCUUAACAUUAAAAUAAAAGGCGGCCCAUUUUCCACUGUGCAGAAUUAUUUUUGAAGACGUAAAUAGUGAAUAACCUAAAAAGCCCGACUUCACAUUAUUAAGUAAUAUUCUUUAUCAGUAUUUUCAUCUUGAACGUGACCUGUAAAACAGUCAAAGAACUUUUCUUUAUAUCCUCAUUAUUAUGUAUGUGUGUGUGUGUUCGCAUGAUAACGAACUACGAAAUUCAAAUAGCGAUAAAAUAACACGUAGUGGCACCUUCUUAACACAUUAUAUAAAACUACUACUUUAAGAGAAACCUAGAACACUAGCAAAUGGUAAGCGACGUUUAAUAAUGAUCUGUAGUUUCUUUUUAAGAAAAAAAUAGAAACAUCGCAAUCUCCCUUGCAACCCUUCAAUUUAAUUGGAACAUAUAAAUAAACUUUAAAAUGAAAUUUAGUCUUAAAAUAUUAAGCAAAUACCUAAAAGGUAAAAGCGAAGAAAAACUGGUUCAAUUUGGAUAUUAAUUCGCAUAAGAAAUUAAGUAAUGAUCUGAAGAUGACAUUUGCAAAUAAUAUUUUUUUUUGUUGUUGUAACUUGUAACUUUUUAGUUGAUAUCCUAUUUAAAAACUCAACUUUAAGACAUUUACGACGACGGGCCUGUUGGUCUAGUGGUUAGUGAGCCUGACUGCUAUACCGGAGGUCGU